AUGACGCAGCAGCAGAUCCGCUUCCUUGUUCUUUCCGAUACGCACGACCAUGCAUUUCCAGUCGCAGCGUCCCUACCUGCCGUCGACGUAGUUAUCCACUGCGGUGACCUCACUAUGAUCGGUGGCCUGUCCAAUUACCGCCGCGCCCUUGACUCUCUUGCAGCCUGCCCAGCUGAGAUUAAACUUGUUAUUCCAGGCAACCACGAUGUAUCCCUGGAUCCCGAGUGGUGGGAUGAAAACCUAGACAGCGAUGAUGAUAAGGACGAACCAGUACGUGCCCGGGCGUUAUUCACAUUGGACGAGUAUACCCGCUGUGGCGUACGCUUUCUAGACGAGGGUACUCACGAGAUUGCCCUCCAUGACGGGCGUAGCUUCAAAGUCUAUGCGUCGCAGUAUACGCCGGCCUUUAGUGGCUAUGCCUUUGGCUAUAGCCCAGAGGAGGACCGGUUCAAUGGGACAGGGAGGAGAAUCCCAGAUGAUGAAGUGGAGCGGGGCCAGCUUACCGACUCGACCUUGGUGGGAGACAUGAAAACGGCCAACAGCAACAUCUUGGAUGUCCACGACUGUGGGAAGCAAUCACGAGGGUUAAGCCCAAGAUGCACUGCUUUGGACAUAUACAUGAAGGACACGGCGUACAGAUGGCAACGUUUCAUUUAA